AUGGCUCCCAAGCAGAAGAUCAUUAUCGAUACAGAUCCAGGCGUCGAUGAUGUCCUAGCUCUACUUCUUGCACUCAGUGCCAAACCGGAGGAGCUUGAGGUUCUUAUGGUGUCCGUCACGUACGGCAAUGUCCCCCUCCAAAGCUGUCUCCGAAACGUUGUUUCUCUCUUCCACGUGCUUGGGAAAGAACUUGAGUGGAGGAAGUCCACUGGCAAACCCGAAGGCUUUGGAGCCAUGCAGGCAAACAAGCCCAUCGUGGCUGUUGGCCCUGACCAUCCCCUUUGCGACGAGGAGCUGAUGGCGGAUUACUUCCGUAAGUUCAGUAGCUGCUCUGAUAACCCGUUCGUUUCCUUUACUGAUACGUGGAUGUCUGUAGACGGUAUCGAUGGCUUGCAUAAUGUUCAUGAGGCUCAUCCUGAUUUGUCUCCCGCUGAAACCUGGAAAGGCAUCUUCAGUGAUGGCGCCAACGAAGCAGAAGACUAUUCUCCUUUCUUCACGCCAUCCAAGGCGCCCUCUCACCAUGAGAUUCUCCGGAUCCUUAAAGAGAACCCCGUGGAUACUGUCUCCAUCCUCGCAGUUGGUCCUCUUACCAAUGUUGCCUUAGCAGCCGCAGAAGACCCCGAGACUUUCCUUCGUGUGAAGGAGCUUGUCGUCAUGGGCGGUGCUGUAAAUGUCGAGGGAAAUUGUACUCCCGUGGCUGAAUUCAACUGCUACGCCGAUGCUGUCGCUGCUGCUCGGGUUUACGCACUCACGUCCCCCAAGCCGAGCUCCACGAUGCCGACUAUUCCCCAGGAGCUUUCAACUUUGAAAGCUUACCCGGACAAACUUUCCCGCCAGCUUAAGCUCACACUUUGCCCCCUCGAUAUUACUACCCCUCACUUGAUUGGCAAGAACUACUUCAAGGAGAACAUCCAGCCUCACGUCGAAGCUGGCAGCCCACUUGCUCGGUGGGUGUCACACUUUGUCACAAAAUCCUUCAGCAAGAUCGAGGAUAUGGAGGGGGAUGAAAACGAGCCCGGUCUUUCGUUGCACGACCCCCUGACGGUAUGGUAUAUGCUGACCCGAGACGAUCCCAAGUGGAAGACACCCGAGAAACUGGAGGACAUACGUGUGGAGACCAGCGGUCAAUGGACACAUGGAAUGCAUGUCGUUGAUCGUAGAUUCAGAAAGAAGCCUGCCGAAGCCGCAGUCGCCCUCUCAGAAAACCCCAAUGAGGACCCCCAUAUCUUGACUCUCGAUGAGGUCCCUGGCGACGACCAUGGUUGGCUGAGUGUUCUCAAGGGUAACCGUCUCAACCGUGUGAUCGACUCUCCUGGACAUGACAUCUUCAAGGAAGUGCUCAUGCAGCGCAUCUUUGGAUAG